UUGUUUCUUUACAGUAAUCUUCAUUCAUUGUUUAUGUUUCUUCCAGCGCUUACGGUGAAGUUUCUGACUCGAAGAUUUAUCAAUGAAUACGAUCCUAACUUAGAGGACACAUAUACAAAAGAAGAGUCGGUAGACAACCAACCUAGUGUCGUCAAAAUAAUGGACACAGCAAAGCAGGAACCAGGAAGUGGAAAGAACAGUGACCGGUAUCUGCGCUGGGCAGACGCCUUUAUCGUCGUUUAUAGUAUCAACAACAGGCUGAGUUUUCAUGAAGCACGUGACUACCUGGAGGAGGUGACGCAACAGAAGCCGUCCCAUCAGCAGUACGAGCCGCCCGUCAUCGUCCUGGGGAACAAGACAGACAUGGAGAGAUACAGGCAAGUCAGCAAAGCAGAAGGCAACUCCCUAGCGUCUCAAUAUGGAUGUUCCUUCUACGAGGCGUCGGCUGCCGGCGACUAUGAAGGUGUACAAAAGGUCUUUCAUGGGGCGAUACGUGAAAUCAUGCGGGAGAGAGAACGGAACAUGCCGCUUACGCCUCUCUUCAUAUCCGAGGACAAGUCGGGUCUACCUACAACAGGAGCGCGCUCACCCGCCCCGAAGAGAGGAGGCAAAUCCAAAAAUGUGCAGAAAAAAACAUCGCCGGGAUUCAGAUUUUUCAAUAUUUCAAAAAUAUUUUAGAAACUAUAUUUAUAUAUGUAUAUAUAUGUAUUUUGACUGUGUAGACUAUGUAUUAUGCUGCAAUCGGAGAAGUGUUAAUAUGUAAAGCAUAUCAGUAAUCAUUAUCAUCAGGAAUUGCACAGUAAGCGCACGAGGCACGCACAACUUAUGACAUGUCGCAUAUACUUCACAAUAUUUCAAACUGAGUUACAAGAGAUGCAUGUACAAUGUAUGUAGAAGUGACCUUUUAACGUGACGAAUAGAGAUUAACCCAGCCCGUUCCGGUUUUACAUAUUUCCAAAAUGAGUAUCAUUCGUAACAAAAUUUUUAUAGUCCACCUAUCUAGGUACAAUUUAGAAACGCUUGUUAGUCUUUACAGCCUACCAGUAUCGUUCGUUCGUCCUACCAGUAUACGAGUGUAUAAACAUUCGAUUUUGGCGUCGAAUGGCCUAGUGGCUAUGUUAGCAGACACGAUAUCAAGAACUAGGUCAUAGACUCAUAGGUAAAUGUUGUGUCCUCGGGAAAUGCAAAUUACACGACUGUCCUAACUCGGUCGGUGUUAAAAAUGACUUCGGAGAAGGGCUGGGCUUGGCCUUAUAAUGGUGUAUACAAGACACUGUGGAUAACAAGCCAGCAUUGCGCCAAUGGACUCAAACGUGCUAUUGGAGUACAUUUACCUACCUUACAUAUUCCACACACAGUGGAGGGGGGUGGGGUGUAUAGUGCCACAGGAUAAGGAUACCUUGCGCUACGUCAUUGAAUAAAAUCCAUGUGCACAUAGAUUUGUAGCCCUUUCCAUAUGAAAUGCCAGCGACAGGAAAUUGGCAUUUUGUUCUGUGCUCGUUCAGAAAACAAUUACCUCCCAGACAUGAUAUAUCUGUCAUUGGCACCCAAUUUUCAUCCACGUUCUUUCCCUAUACAGGAAUUUUGCCUGAAUUUAAAUCUUAUCAGUGUGCUGAUGGGCAAUAUGCAACAGCUGUACCAUAAUAAACACAUGUAUGUUA